CCUGAAGAAGAUGUCAUAGGGACCGGCUGCAGAACUCGGACAAGUCAGGGGACAUACGUAGACAAGUACGGUUGUCAGCACACUUUACAGCCUGGUUUCCAUACAAAAGUGAUGUCAUCAUUUCUGCUGUUGUCAGAAUAGUAGUUUAAACAGAAUACUUACAGACAACGCAGCCGCAGACAGUUGUAGUUCCAUCAUGGCCGACAAAAUGUUUUCCCUCAUGAGUCUCGAAGACGAACUGAGCUGUAGCAUCUGCCUAUGUGCUUUCGACUGUCCGGUGACAAUUCCAUGUGGACACAACUUUUGCCAAGCGUGUCUCCUAGAAACAUGGAAAGACAACUACAGCUGUCCACAAUGCCGGACCCACUUCACCACCAAACCAGUGCUGAAGAAGAACACCGUCCUCAGCACUGUUGUGGAAACGUUCAAAAUGAAGUCGAAUAAAAGCGACCUCCCCAAUGAGAUGGGCGACUUAAUCAAGUGGGAUGCGGUCAAGAUGGAGCCCAAAGAGGUGGUUAUCUUGUGCGACACCUGUAUGGAAGCCAAAGCAUUCAAGACCUGCCUCACGUGUAUGGCGUCGUUCUGCCUUGAGCACGUGAGGCCUCAUCAUGAGAACCCAGUGUUUGGCGCGCAUCAGCUGAACGAGCCUCUGGGCGACCUGUGCGACCGUAUCUGCCCCGACCACCACAAGCUGAUGGAGUUCUACUGUGUCCAACAUGGCCGCUGUAUCUGUGGUGUCUGUCUGCAGCAGGUGCAUAAAGGCUGUACCUUCUCCAACCCCGAUGAACAACGGGCACUGCAAGAGUCUGAUUUGAGGGGCAAGUUGUGUCUGCUGGAUGGAAAGAUUGACAAGAACCAGACAGUCAUCUCUCAGAUGAGUGACCAGCAGAGCAAGUUGAAGGACUCUGCAGCCAGCAGGAAGAGAGCGCUAGAGGAUGACUACCGCCAAAUCCGGGAGCUGCUGGACCGUGACGAGCGUGAGGCUCUGAACACUGUGGACCGUGAGCAGGAGAGCGGUCAGACCAAACUCCAGAACCUCAUAAAGAAGUUCAACCAGAACAUUGUGAAGCUUAGCGCAGCAAAAGAUGGCGUCAACAGCCUGCUCAGUCGGACUCAGACCGUGGCUUUCCUACAGGCCUCAGUUGACAUGCCGGCAGUGGUGGCCUUUGACCCCUAUACCCCGAAGGUGAACCUGGACUCUAAGGCCGUGGCAGCCUGGCAUGCCUACUCUGCAGUCCUGAGGGAGCAUCUCACACAUGUACUGAAACAGCCUGUAGAGGCCAGACUGCAGAUACUCAAACCAGCUGAGAGAUUUGCUCCUCUGCUGCCAAACUUCUAUGAAAUGGGAGGUAUGCCACCACCAGGUCACCUGAGAAUGCCUCGAUCCCACAGCCCAGGAGCUCCCCUCAGGGCAAACCAGAAGAAGCCUCCACAAGAUUCAAACCGAGAGAGAAAGUCGGACAAGAAACGAGAUCACAAGGAAUGGAAAGAACAUAAGGCUGACAAAAAUUCCCAAAAGCCACCUAAUGCUCCCAGAGAGUCCGCCACUCCUGUUCCACACACACCAAGGGACCACCCCAGAGGACAAUCCGCAGAACCCAGAACCAGGAACAGGGAGGACCCAGGACAAGCAAGUGUUCCCCCAAGUAUCACGUCUGCAGCAAAACGAAAUGACCUUCUACGAUAUGGCACCGUUCUCACCCUUGACCCCAAAACGGCCCACAAGCGCAUCUCCCUGACAGAGAACAUGACCAUGGCCUCUGUGUCAGACGAGCCCACCCCUUACCCCGAUGGCCCCGCCCGCUUCUCCGUCUGCAGCCAGGUGCUCACUUCCAAGGGCUUCUCCCGCGGCCGCCACUACUGGGAGGUCAAGAUGAGCAGCAACAACUUCACCGGCAUCGGCCUGGCCUACAACAGCAUCGACCGGAAGGGUCCGGCUAGCCGGCUGGGGCGUAACGCCCAGUCCUGGUGCGUGGAGUGGUUCAACGUCAAGCUGUCGGCCUGGCACGCCAGCAGUGAGACUGUACUGCAGAACCCGAAUCCGAUCCGCGUCGGCGUGCUUUUGGAUUGUGAGGAGGGAACGGCCACUUUCUAUAACGUUCAGGACCGGGCAUACCCUUUCCAUACGUUUGUGUUCCAGUUCGCGGAGGCAGUGUACCCGGCAUUCUGGCUCUUCUCCAGCGGCUCGUCUGUUAGCCUGUGCAAGCUGCAGUCUUAAGAAGUUAACACAACACACACACAGAUUGUUCUCCAUUACAAAUAAUUAUAAUGUAGAGUAUCUGGGUCAAUAAAUGACUUAAUCAUACUGAUAUUGGGAAGUUAUAUUGGAAAUGUACCCUAAAGGUUAUUAUUUGGUUGUAGUCACUGGCUUUAGUAAUAAUGUAGGUAAUACUUUUGGACUUUGGUCUCUUGUAACUACAGCAACCUCCUAAACAGGCAGCAUUUCUUCAUCAGUAUCUAAUGAAAACUAAGCACUUCCAUACAGGUAAAGAAACAUUUUUUUUUAACCUUUAUUUAACCAGGCAAGUCAGUUAAGAACAAAUUCUUAUUUUCAAUGACGGCCUAGGAACAGUGGGUUAACUGCCUGUUCAGGGGCAGAACGACAGAUUUGUACCUUGUCAGCUCGGGGGUUUGAACUUGCAACCUUCCGGUUACUAGUCCAACGCUCUAACCACUAGGCUACCCUGCCGCAUGACAAAUUACUAUACAUGUUUUGAUCAGCCAGUUUAUUUACAGAUACAUUUAAGUGGUCUGUGGGUAGCUGUUUACAGCCUGUAUUAUCAGAGCUUAUGAUCGCUUGGUGUGGGUCUUGGUAGUACACAGUAAUCACAUGUAAAAUACACAAAAGCACAUGAAUAAACAUGUCUAACAUGUAUGUUAUCUACUGUAUAUGAACAGUACCACACCGUUCAGGAGGUCAUGUACUUUUUGCUGGUGUCAGGCAUUCCGCAUUAGGGAAUGUCAUGUUCAAUAACACCACUGGAUAUAGAAGCAAUGAAUAGAGCAGAAAAGCAUCCACAAUAUGCUUGAUACCCCCAAAGGAAAAGUGGGUAUCAGUUCACUGUUUUCUGGAUCUAAUACAUUUUCGCUACAGUGUUUCACACAGAGCCUGUAAGUGAAGGGGGUUUCCACAUGGUGCAGUGUGCUGAAAGCACUUCCUGACACUGCUACUACAGGCUUGAUAGAACCUAGCCUGGUUGCCAGAUCGGCAUUUGGUUGAGAAUUACAAUGAACAAGGCAGAGGAUUUGGUUGAUCUGGUAACCAGGCUAGAUAGACCCAGCCUGGCACAUAAGAACAAGCAGAGGUCAUUUAGACCCUGUCAACAGAAGUAUUUCCAAAUCUGGGUUUUGUAAAUAGUUAUGACUUAGGGCUGGUGUUUUGCCUGUCCAUGUGACCAGACAAAGGAAAAACUCUGGGUCCAAGUUAUAGCUAAUGUAGCUAUAGCCCAUACCUAGGGCCUUCUCAUGUAGAAGGGUACAUACGUCUGUUGGUGUUAGUUUGGACAUCGGUGUAUGUGGGUGUCACAUUGUCUGUGAUGUGACUGCAUGCUUCUCAUAAUGUCUGUAUUGUUGAUUGGAUCUUUUCCAUUUAUGGAUAUAUAGCCAUCGCUACGAGCGGAGAGCAAGUUGAGAAUAGCACGUGAUAGUUUAAUUUUACUUUGCAAAGCCCAA